AGUCAAUCCAGCAAGAAAAAAUUGCGCAUGUUUUGCUUCAGUUUCUGUUCGUCGAGUCCUUCGGUGUCUUCGGUUAGAGAGUGCGUCGGAAUGACUUCGCCGAGGUACCUCCUAAGGUUCGCUUACCUCGGCACCAGAUACAGAGGGAUGCAGCGCCAGAGCACACGUCCCCACACUGAGCACUGGACUGUCCAGGGUGCCAUCGAGGCCGCGUUGUGCCAGCUGGGCUGCCUGGGUGAUCCAGUACUGGUGCUUGCGAGUCGAACUGACACGGGCGUUCAUGCAUUCGAAAGUGCAGCACACGUGGACCUUCGGCCAGCCAAUCCAAAUCAAGUUUUCCAGCCUCAGCAGCUUGCCGUUGGUCUCAACACUGUGCUGACACGCCACAAGCACGACAUCAUCAUCCGCGACGUGUUGCAGGUGCCUGCCUGGUUCCACGCACGGCACUUGGCCAUGUGGCGCAGUUACCGGUACCGUGUGGCCGUCGUCAAGGCGUUGCAAUCCGACGAGCCAAUUCGUGUCGGAGGUAUUCGCGCCUGGCUCCCACUCGCAGAACUCAAUCGGUGCCACAUCGUUCCGCCCUUGGAUUUCGACUUGGUGCAUGAGGCAAUGGAGCUGUUGAGUGGUGAGCACGACUUUCGUUCCUUUAAGGGCGUCAGUCACACACCUGAAGAGAAUGAGCGCAGCACAGUCCGAGAUGUGACCGACUUCCGACUCCGGCCGGCUGCGCCGCUGGACUGCGACGACCCGCUGUACGAGAAAGUCCAACUCUGGGAGUUUCACAUCCGCUCCAAGUCAUUUCUCUAUCGUCAGGUGCGGCGCAUGGUGAGCAUGGUGCUGCAUGCCGGUCUGUCGGGACAUGACACCCUUUUGGUGAUGCGCAAGCUUUUGGAGAACCCGAGCAAGCACAACUGGCCCGGCAACGUCACUGUCGUGCCCGCAUGUGGUCUUUACCUGAUGCGUGUGCAGUACAACCCCGAACAUCUGGAUUUGAACGCAGAGAUGCCGAAUGAAGUGGCCGAUAUGUACGAUGCCAAGAAAAAUGAACCACUCUACGAAGAGGAGAAUGAGAUCGACGAAGAGGUCGUCGAGCAAGUUACAGCAACCUGAGUAUGGCUCAGAGUUAUGGCAACAUGGCUGGGACACUGUGUUCCAGAAGGACUUCUUUAAGGGCCAGUUGUUGCUUACAUUAGUCAGGUUCUGGUGAAAAAUACAUUUCGUGAAAAAGAGAAGAAGGUGAAGCACCAACUACCAUCUGUUUAAUGGCAAUCUUAGAAACCUGCAGGGAAGGAAGGGUCACUUUUCGCGGAUGCCUGAAGAGUGAUCGUACGAGGUCAAAGAGGUAUGUUAUCAAAGUAGCACGUUUCUGAGUUACAGAAAGUUAUAAAUCUGUCACUGCCACAAUCAGACCCUUUUCUUCUGUUGGAAACAUGUGUAUCUUUUUCUUCCUCAGAAAGUAUCGAGAAAGUGGACAUCGAACGAAUGUGCUUUCAACUCUAACAUGUGUCCCAAGUGUGGAGAAAGAACACCAACAGCUGCUCUCCCAAGCGUGUCGACUGUAUGGUGAACACACAACAGGAUAGCACCCUCCUACAAAAUCGAGAAUAGAGCCAGCAGCCAAAAAGAAAGAAAAAGAUUAAUAUACUCUUCAGUCAUAGGAAUCGAAAGUAAAACAUGUCCUUACAGAAGUAUAGUGGAAUUUUUAUUGUAUACAUUGAUGCAACAGAGCUUGCACAAUGUCUGUUGGUGUUUGGCAGCUGUAACACCCUUUAACCUAGAUGCACUCAUGUUAACGCUUGGUGGCACAUCUCCAUCCCGACGAAUAAAGACCAAGAUCAAUAAUUUAACAAACCUUAUUGAAAACUGUGGCCGUACUAGAGGCUAGCUUCAUAGUAAAGCAGACUGAAAAAGAUGAAGACAGGUACUGAACUAACAACUGUCAUGUUUAUUGUGCAGAAAGGAAUGAAUACAUGUUGUCCGACUGCGUGUGCAUCGUCACAUUACAGAUACUUGUCACUUUUGUCGAGCCAGCUAAAUUCGCAAUCAUGAAGACAUAUAGACAAGGCAGAAAUGCAGAGAUCAUGGUUGUGAAGAAAUCGUGGUUGUAUGUGUGUGCGUAAUGUGAACAGCUGUAUGCUAAUAUUUCACAUGGCUGACGAUGACAAGAACGCUGUGAAGCAAUGGUGUACAGUCAUAGGCGUCACAAUUUGAUGACCAAUGAGGAGUAGCUAUACCUUUUACUUUGUUGUUGUGCUGGUGCAGUCUCUCUUUAGUGGCAAGUAUGUGUAAUGAGAUGAUGCACCUGCAGUCAGACUACCUGUAUUCAUUCCUUUCUGCACUAUAAACGCAACAGUUGUUAGUUUUACAGUGUCUGUAUUGUGUACUCCUUCAUCUUGUGUCUUCAAAUUUUUGGGCUGUUCUACUAUGAAGUCAGACCAACUAGCCCCAUUUUGCAUGCUCUUAAGAAGAGGGAAGCACAUCGUGUCUCCCCCUAGCUCGGCUGAGAUCUUUUUUGGGACGAGACCAAGCAGUGUUUACCCCGUUUCACAAGCUGAUGGCACUGCUGGCAGCAGUAGCAAAUAGUGCGUCAACUAUUUUAACAAUCUCAAACAAUUUCAUGCACUACAAACACAUAAAGUGACUGUAUGGUUAGGAUUCAUGUUUUAAAGCGUCCAAAGUGUUUUAUUAAUUUUUGGAAUCAAUUGCAAAAACCCGCUUGCAUGCAGCUCAGCAGAAGCUUGUUGUGAGGUGGUGAUGCGCUGCCUUUUUGCAACAUGGUCUAGGCCGAGUUGUUCGUCUUUGCAACACGUCCCACAAACUCGCUGGUGAGUCAUUUUUCACGAGUGUGAUUUUCCCUAGCUGGCAAAGGAAAUAGCUUUAAACAUUCUUCAAGGGAUUCGUGCAGUUCAGGAAGAUUGCAAUUGUGGACUGCCCUCAUCGAGAGGACGGGAAAGCUUGCCGAAGCGAGCGACCGAAUGCGAUAUCAGUAAAAAACGGUGGCAGAGAAAGUGUUCGUAUGGUAAAUGUUGUGAUUGGGCGAAGAGGCUGGAUGAUCUUGAGUCAAGCACCUUGCGGAGGAUGGUGCACAUAUUUAUUGAGACGUGAGAUUCCAACAAUCACCUAGGUGGUGCAGUGUUUCGAAGAGAAUGAGAUGCAAUCGACCAUAGCCACAACAAUAAUGCAGAGGAUGUUGAGUAGCUUGGCUUCAAUUACAAAGAACGCUCUCUAAACGCAUUUCUCAUAGAAGCAAAGUGCAUUGGGCAAUUCCACCGCUGGUUUCUACAGAGCUGCGAUGCCAGACUCAAGUUGGGAAGAGUACGAUAUGUUAAGAACUUUUCUCGUGGGAUCACGACAAUCACUAAGUGGUGCGUGCUAGAUAGGAUCAUUCAGUGCUAUUGCAGGGACAGUAGGAAACAAAAAAAUGAAAAAAGAACAUGCACUAUUACUUGGGAUAAUAAAGCUUUGGAAUGAU